GCUUAUGGUGUUCUCCGCCUGCUUUAUUCUGUGUUGAAGAAGAGGAGCUAGUAUCCAGCGGUGGACUGUUAACAACAGCUGCAGUAAAGGGGGGAAAAGCCACGGAGAAAGGAGGUGCUGUAUUUGUAUCACUGGAUGCUUAUUAGUCCAGACCCAUCCAACAGGAGGACAGGAAUGACUGGGUUGAUGUGGUGAGAUGUGCUGUUUGCCAUGGCGAGGGGGCUGUUUUCAUGGGCCGGGCUAAGAAAGCCUUACUAUAUUCAGGCUCAUUUCUCAUAUAUGUACAUGAAGUAUUUCUUCUUCACCUGGCUGGCCGUGUUCAUUGGCAGCUGGGUGGUGUAUGUCCAGUAUUCCACCUACACAGAGCUCUGCCGAGGCCAGGACUGCAAGAACACAAUAUGUGAUAAAUACAGAAAGGGAGUGAUCGAUGGGUCAGCUUGCAGCAGCCUGUGUGACAAGGAAACCCUCUAUCUGGGAAAGUGCCUAUCAACUAGAUCCAAUAACCAGGUCUACGUGGGAAGAUGGGGAGAUUUAGAGGCAGUGAUAAAAUGCCAGAUGGAGGAAACGGUUCAUUUUGAUUUGGGAGGAGAUAUGGAGCCGAGAAAGGAAGCAGUGUUGUUUGACAAGCCAACCAAAGGGACCUCCGUAGAAAAAUUUAAAGAAAUGGUGUUCAGUCAUUUGAAGGCAAAGGUUGGUGAUCAGGCAAACCUGCUGGAUCUGGUCGGUCUAGUCAUCUCUGUGGCAGACGGGAAUAAGGAUGGCCAUAUCUCUUUACCGGAAGCAAAAUCCACAUGGGCACUCCUGCAGCUGAACGAGUUUCUGCUGAUGACAAUACUUCAGGAUAAAGAGCACACUCCCAAACUGCUGGGAUUUUGCGGGGACCUUUAUGUCAUGGAAAAAGUGCAGUAUACCUCUUUAUAUGGAAUCAGCAUUCCAUGGAUCAUGGAAUUGUUUGUUCCCUCUGGAGCGAGGCGGAGUAUGGACCAGUGGUUCACACCAUCCUGGCCUAGAAAGGCCAAGAUCUCCAUUGGUCUGCUGGAAUUCGUGGAAGACAUCUUCCACGGGACUUUUGGGAACUUCCUGAUGUGUGACACCAGUGCCAACAAUUUUGGCUACAAUGCCAAACACGACCUUAAAAUGGUGGACAUGAGGAAAAUCAUUCCUGAAGUUAGUUUCAAAGACCUCAUCAGAGACCGUCACUGUGAGACUGAUGAAGACUGUGUCUAUGGUAUGGAUUGCAGGACCACCUGUGACCAAACCAAAAAGAAGUGCACCACAGAGGUGAUCCAGCCUAACCUGGCCAAGGCGUGUCAAUCUCUGAAGGACUACCUCCUGCGGGGAGCCCCUCCCGAGAUCAGAGAGGAGCUGGAGAAGCAGCUGUAUUCCUGCGUCGCCCUCAAGGGAACCGCAGACCAGAUGGAAAUGGAACACUCCUUAAUACUGAACAACUUGAAAACGCUGCUGUGGAAAAAGAUUUCGCACACGAAAGACUCCUAAUGAAGAAACUGAACUAAGAUUUCGUUUUUCUUUCUGUUCCUUUUUAAGCAAACAAUGCGAUUGUGGAAAAAUGCAUUGGUACUCUUAAGUGUCAUAGGUGAGCCAUUUUGUUUGUGUAACGUGUACAUUUUAAACAAUUUGACUAGUAUCUGUUAAUUUGUUCAUGACCACAUACAGAAUAUUGAUUGUGCCAUAUACAAUUAGUUUGCUUCAAGAUGGUGUUUUUUUUUUUUUUGUUUGUUUAAGUUUUGGUUUACAAGUGAAAACAAACAAGCAAAAUUAACAGUGGCUAAAGACAUGUAAUCUACUAUACCACAGUAGGUUGUUUACCACUUCUGAAGGAAGUUCAUAAAAUAAUUUACAGCAUUUUGAUGCUGCAAUUGCCUCAUUCGUUAAUCUUCAUGUGUAUGCAAAUAUGUUGUACUUGUAAGGUCUUAAUAUUUAACAAAAACCACUGUUUAGUACAUGCUGUGGUUAAGGUCAUUGUUGCUGUUUCAGAAUGAAGUGUUCAGAUUACUCAGAUGUUUACUGGAAGUUUAGCAUGACUGAUUUGCACAUUAAAG